CUUGAUCCGACCAUCUCUCUCUCUCUCACUCACGCGCCCACACCUUGUCCUGCAAGCUAUUUCCUCCUCCCGUGUGCGGCUUUCCGGCAUAUCCACGGCGCCUUCACUCUGCUCUUCCAUUUCUUCUUCAUCUCUAUGAAAUCUGACUGAAGAAGGAGAAAAGGUAAGUACAUGAGGAGGGCCAAGACCAGGAGGGAUUUUGCAGUCAGGGAGGUUUCACCCAAAUCUUCUUUUGGUGUGCGCACCCGGGCCAAAACCCUAGCUCUUCAGCGGUUCCAGAAUAUCUCACCAUCGCCAGACGACUCUUUCUCCUUUCUCCAGCUCAGGAACCGCCGCCUCCAAAAAUUUUUACCCUCGGUAAUAAAGCCUAAGAAGGACUACAAGGAGCCCGUGAUAUCGAGCCCUAAGCUUAGCCCUAAGACCAAUUUGACCCCGGGUACCAGUUCCGCUCAUCGGAGCAUAGAAUUCGAGCUGGGACCUUGCUAUGGAAGCCUCAAUUACGGUUCUGCAACUCCGCAGCCGGGGCUGGUAAAUAAUGCUGAGAUUGAGGUCUCUUUUGGGGAAAAUAUUCUCGAUGUUGAAGAAAUGAAAAGGUUGGUCCUCUGCUCAUUUUUUCUCCUCCCAUAAUUUGCGGU